AUGCUACGCUGGCCGAAAUUAGUGCCGGUGGUCCGACGAUGGGCUCACACCGUCCCGAAACAUUUGCAGUCGAUGCCGACCGAGCGGGAUCCACCGUUUUCCAAGAUGGUCGAAUACUGUUUCCACAAGGCCUGUCUGGUGCUGGAGAACCAGCUAAUCGAAUCGAUGAGUAAAUACCCGACGAUGAGUGCCGAGAAACGGGUCAGCCGCGUUCAGGCGAUCCUGAAAAUCAUCUCCAGCAACUCGAGCACACUGCAGUUCCAAUUCCCCUUCCGGCGCGACAGUGGCGACUACGAGAUGGUUACGGCGUUCCGGUCACACCAUUGCCUACACCGAUUACCGGUCAAAGGGGGCAUCCGGUACUCGCAGGACGUAUGCCAGGACGAGGUGGAAGCACUGUCCGCCUUGAUGACGUUCAAGUGUGCCUGCGUCAACGUACCGUUCGGAGGAGCCAAAGGAGGCAUCAUCAUAGAUCCGUCCAAGUACAGCGAGAAAGAACUGCAAAGCAUCACGCGGCGGUACACGGUGGAGCUGGCGAAAAAGAACUUCAUCGGUCCGGGGAUUGAUGUACCGGCCCCGGACAUGGGUACAACGUCGCGCGAAAUGUCUUGGAUAGCGGAUCAGUACGGCAAGACGUUUGGCCACCGGGACAUCAACACAAUGGCGGUCGUAACGGGGAAACCCCUCAACCAGGGCGGUAUCCGGGGAAGGACCGAAGCCACCGGGAAGGGUGUCUACCUAGCGACCAACUGUUUUAUGCGCGAGGCGACCUGGAUGCGAGAGGUCGGUCUUGAACCGGGCCUCGAGGGCAAGACGGUGAUCGUGCAGGGAUUCGGAAACGUCGGACAGCACGCCGCAGAGCACUUCCAGCGGGCAGGCUGCAAAGUGAUCGGUAUUAUCGAGCGCGACGUUUCGUUGCACUGCCCGACCGGCAUCGACAUCAAGGCGCUCGUUCGAUACAAAACCGAAAAGAAGACCCUCAAAGGCUACCCUAAGGCGAACCCGGUCAGCGGAGAUCUGCUGCUGGAACAGUGUGACAUACUCGUUCCGGCCGCGGUGGAGAAAUCCAUCCAUUCCGAGAACGCCGGGCAAAUCAGGGCCAAAGUGAUUGCCGAAGGAGCGAACGGACCAACAACACCGGCCGCCGAUAAGAUACUGCAAGAUCGCCGCAUUCUCGUCAUCCCCGAUCUGUACUGCAAUGCCGGAGGUGUAACGGCGUCGUACUUUGAGUAUUUGAAAAACAUUAACCACAUUUCUUUCGGCAAGCUGUCGUUCCGCCACGAAGCGCACAAUCUGCGCGAAGUGCUCGCGUCGGUGCAGGAGUCGCUACGCAGUGCCGGCGUUUGUGUCACGGUGUCUCCCAGCAAGCCACUGAAGCACUUCUUUGACCAUGCCAGCGAAGCGGACGUUGUGUCGUCGGGCUUGCAAUUCGUCAUGGAAACGGCCGGCCAGGGCAUCAUGAAGGUGGCGGCUAAGCAUCAGCUGUGUCUGGAUCUUCGCACCGCCGCAUACAUUUGGUCAGUGGAGAAAAUAUUCCAGUCCUACGAAGAAGCAGGUCUUUCGAUGUGA